AUGUAUUGGCGCGAGACAACAAAUCCAUUGAAAAGAAAGACGAAGAUAAUGACGACAAAAGACUCUUCAGAUGCCGACACUGAUAAGCGCAAUAUCGAAAUAAUAUUUCCUCAACCAACUGUCGAAUCACGAGCUGCGCAUAGAUGGCUUGAUUCCGUUUACGCAUUCGCCAAUCGUGUCAACCAGUUUUGGAUGCAGUCACUAAGUGCUAUACCCCCUUCGCUACACGACCAUAUGGCUAGCCAUGUUGUGGUAGCCCUGAUAGAUGAUGGCGUCCAGGCCUAUGGUUCAUUCCUAUCAGCAAACAUAACGGGUGGCAAAAGCUUUGCAACUGGUGGCACCAACAACGUGGCAAGCCCUUGGUAUGUAUCUGAGCUAGGCCAUGGGACAGUCAUGGCGGAAACAAUCGCGAGGGUAUGUCCAAUGGUUAAGCUUUACCCUAUGAGAGUUGAUACACAUACUUCUGAGAAUGGUGAGCCAACCCUCGAGGCUAGAUCAGUGGCUCUUGCCAUUGACGCGGCAAUUCAACGGGGCGCAAAGAUUAUUCUGAUACCUUGGCUCAUUGAACCCACCAAGUCCAGCUCCCACAAGCUACUUCAUAGCAUGCUCCAAAGGGCGCAUAUGUUAGAUGUUUUGCUAUUCAUUCCAUCUUCUGCGGGUGAAGGGCCCCAGGCUUUGUCGACGUUUCGCUCUUACCCAACCUUUCGGAUAGGAGCAUCUCGAGACGACGGCGGAGCUGUCAAUGCAACCAACUCUCCUUCAGAGGUAGACUUCAUAUUCCCUGGAAAUGAGGUCAUGAUACAGCGUGAUAUCGACAAUCCACGACGUUCUGUCGGAGCAAUACUCGACUUGGAAUCCUCUUCAAAUAUCAACGUUGCCUUGGCAGCAGGUCUUGCAGCUGUUCUCAUAUAUGCCUGCAAACUCAUAUCACUGAAACCCAUGUCAAAAGCACGCUCAACUGGCGAGGACAAUGACUAUAUGAAUAACACAUAUGAUUUGACGAGUCUCCGGCGGUACCGAGGUAUGAUGAGUGCGUUUCAAAACCUCGGUUCGGUGACUGAGAGUCGAUUUCUCAAAGUCUGGGAAGUUCUUGAUCCCAUCGUUGACGAGAUGAGAGAUUCCCCAAUGGAGAAUUACGAGUUGAAGGGUUUGAUCAAGUGGUUUUCUCGUCUGAAGUCUAUAGAAGAAAGUAAUAUUCUUUGA